AUGGCGAACAAGAUUGGCAACGGCCUUGCCAAGGUCCUCGGUAUUGACCUCCAUUACCGCAAUGAGACUGGCUCGGACCGAGUAACUCGAGGGGAGAGUGUUUUCACUGUUGGCUCCGCUCACACGUACGUUGAGGAAGAACCUACUGCUGGCGAAUGGAUUCGCGAAGUUAUCCCCUCCGGACGGGAGUUCGGCGAGUACUGCUACAGUCUCUUCCCCUUCGUCCACUGGAUCGGCCGAUACAACCUGCAAUGGUUCAUUGGCGAUCUCAUUGCUGGUGUCACUGUUGGUGCAGUCGUCGUUCCCCAGGGUAUGGCUUACGCCAAGCUCGCUCAGCUUCCCGUCGAGUUCGGGUUGUACUCUUCCUUCAUGGGAGUACUCAUCUACUGGUUUUUCGCUACUUCCAAGGACAUCACCAUCGGUCCUGUUGCAGUUCUGUCGACCGUCACCGGCAACGUUGUCUUAAAAGCUGAAGCUACAGGAGUCGAUGCUUCCCGCGAUGUCAUUGCGUCCUCGUUGGCCAUUAUUGCUGGCGCAAUCGUGCUCUUCUUCGGUUUGGCACGUUUGGGCUGGAUUGUUGAGGUUAUUUCCCUUCCCGCCAUUUCGGCCUUCAUGACUGGUUCGGCCAUCAGCAUUGCUGCUGGACAGGUACCAACCAUGAUGGGAAUCACCACUGUCAAGACACGCGAGGAGACGUACAAAGUGAUCAUUAGCACUCUCAAGCAUUUGGGAGACACGAACCUCAACGCCUCCUUCGGUCUUACCUCGCUCUUCCUCUUGUACUUCAUUCGCUGGUUGUGUGGCUUCCUCGCAAAGAAGUUUCCCAACAGGGCCAAGCUGUUCUUCUUUAUCAACACCUUGCGAACAGUCUUCAUCAUCCUUCUCUACGUUUUGAUCAGCUACCUCGUCAACCGUCAUCACAGAAAGAAGCCGCUCAUAUCGACACUUGGUAGUGUUCCUCGAGGCUUCCAGCACGCUCGCGUUCCUCAUAUCACCAUUCCCAUCAUCAAAUCUUUCGUAUCGGAACUCCCAUCGACCGUUAUCGUCCUCCUCAUCGAACACAUCUCCAUCUCUAAGUCGUUCGGUCGUGUCAACAACUACACCAUCAACCCUUCGCAAGAGCUAGUCGCGAUUGGUGUUAGCAACUGCCUCGGUCCAUUCCUUGGUGCUUACCCUGCUACUGGAUCGUUCUCGCGUACUGCCAUCAAGUCAAAGGCCGGUGUGCGCACCCCCUUCGCCGGUGUCAUCACAGCUAUUGUUGUGCUGCUUGCUAUUUACGCUCUCCCGGCUAUGUUCUGGUACAUUCCCAACGCCACACUUGCCGCCGUCAUUAUCCACGCUGUGGGUGACUUGAUCCUGCCGCCCAACACUGUCUACCAGUUCUGGAGGAUCUCCCCUAUUGAGGUUCCCAUCUUCUUUGCUGGUGUCUUCGUGACAAUCUUCUCCAGCAUUGAGAAUGGUAUCUACACCACUGUCUGCGUUUCCUUCGCCCUAUGGGCUUUCCGCGCCUUCAAGGCGAGGGGCCGCUUCCUUGGCCGGGCAAAGAUUCAUUCUGUCAUCGGAGACCACCUACUCGACCCAACAAAUGAGGACAAGCAAGAGCGCAAGAAGAGCCCAACGGAAGGCGAAGACUCUGUUCGCAGCAUUUUCCUCCCUAUCGAUCACCACGAUGGCUCCAACCCGCAGAUUCAGCUCGAGGAUCCUUACCCAGGUAUCUUCCUCUACAGAUUCAGUGAAGGCUUCAACUACCCCAAUGCCAACCACUACCUUGACGACCUUAUCGAGACCAUCUUCAAGAAGACACGCCGCACAAACCCAGCGUCGUACGCAAGACUCGGCGACCGUCCAUGGAACGACCCCGGCCCACGACGCGGCAAAGAGACCAACGUAGCCGAUGAUCGCCCAACGCUCAAGGCUAUCAUCCUUGACUUCUCAUCCGUCAACAACGUCGACCUUACAUCAAUCCAAAACCUGAUCGACGUCCGCAACCAGCUUGACAAGUACGCCGCACCAGACACAGUAGACUGGCACUUCUGCAAUAUCAACAACAGAUGGACCAAGCGCGCCCUCGCCGCCGCAGGCUUCGGAUACUACACACCUGAGCCCGACGCGAGCGGCGUCCACCGCUGGAAACCUGUAUUCUCUGUCGCGGAAAUCGGUGGCUCACAAUCUGCUGCCGCCGCAGCUGAAGCGAAGGAGAACCGUCAUGCGCAACGCGCACUGUCGCAAGUACGCACCAAUGAUAUUGAGGCUGCACAUGAGAGCGCUGAGUCGAGCGACACUGGGUCAUUGAACAAGCAGCUUGAAUUUAGCAAGGCGUAUGGCGGUGCCGAGGGUAAUAUCACAGGCGCGACCGCUGGCAGGAUCGCAGUAGUGCAGGGCUUGAACAGGCCGCUGUUCCACGUCGAUGUUACUGCGGCGCUUAACAGUGCAUUGGCAAAUGCGCAGAGGAAGAGCCAUUAGUAUUGUGUUGUAAUAUUGGGGGCGUUUAGGUGUUGAGGGUUCUUCCAGGAUGGAAUGAUUUGCAGAUACGCAUGGCUUGCGAGUACAUUAUUCCCAUAGAUGUUGUUGUUUAUCAACUUUUUGC